AGGAUCCUUGGUGAAGGCAGGGUAGUGUUCCGGGGGAGAGAGGAAGGCAAAACUGUGUAAGGCAUCCCACAUCCUGAGUAGGCUUAUGCACUCGAAGAUCAAGUUCCACAUGCAUGUGCUAGGUUUCUCGAUUCAGCUGUUACUCAUUCCAUCUAGUUGCCAAGAAUGUGAACUUCAUAAGAAGAAACAGGUUCCAGUCACUGUCCAAGGAUCAGAGUCAAAUGCUCCAAGAUCGGUGCAGUGUGAGCAGUCAUGGACACCUCUGGCAGCAAGUUACAGCAGAAGGCUCUGCAGCAACCUAAGCAGAAGAAAUCCAAGUCGGCUGAAUCUCUGAUGGGCGGAAUGGAGGAGAGCGCUGUAGUGGAAGGCAUUGAAAACCCUACCUUCGAUGGCGGCUACAGCACAGAGCUUUCAGCUUCGCGGGCUUCAGCAGGGAGAGAAAUUCGACGUGACAGGCAAGAUAGCACCCUUGCAGCUCACCAACAAAAAAUGGAGCUGCGAGCCCCUGCCAAAUCAAGAGUUUCCACAGGAAAUGAGCGUGCCCGAAAUUACUUUGACCCAGCGCUGGUGCAGGAAACCAACCCAAGGCGGUGCGGGAUGGCGGAGGUCGGCACAGAAGAUGAGCUGGAAUUAAAAAUAAUGAACCAAGAUGAAAAGAGCCUAUAUCAGAAAAUGGCUGAAAUGAUGGACGCAGACGACGACACAACCAUCAUAGACUUACCAGGUAUGGUGCUAGCCCACAGGGAGGAGGCAGAGGUGUGGAAGGUGAGGGCUGGUGAUCCAGCGCUGGGUACCGGUGCUGCAGGCCGUGGGCACUUCAUGGCGGCGGUGGAGGAAGGGGAAGAAGAGGUGAUCCCCCGCUACGCCCAGCAGCUGAGGGAGCGCGUGCUGCCUGACAUGAUCACGCUUGGCAGCCUUUCACUGGAACAGGAUACACAUCUUCAAAGAGGAGGGAUGUCUCAGGAAAAUGAGUGGGUGAGGAAGAAAAGACUAAUGUCCUUCUUAAGGGGAAAUGCAAAGAGUUGCUGCAAAAUGCCCAUGUUGACAAAAAGUUGGCUCAUUCUUUCAAAGGAACCCCAGGCCCAGUCACACAGAGACUGUGACCAACAGGAGAGGAUACUGCAAGACAGGCUGUAUGCAGCAUUUCAAUGCGCAGAGAGCCAGUUGCUGAAGGCACUGUGGGAGCGCAAAGGUGAAGUGAUCGCCAAAUACGGCGAGAUGACAGAAGCCUCCUCUGCAGCAGAACCACCGUGGGCCAGGGAGCCGGGCCUCGGCUGGCAGGUGGAGUGGUCGCAGAGCCCCCAGCCCAUGGAGGUGCGUGUGCGUUGCCUACGAGCAGUCAGGGACAAGCUGCCCAGGGGCCUCUACAGCAUCAGUGUGGUCCUCCACAGCCAUCUGGGGGGCCCUGCCCUCACCUGGUCCUGUCUGAAGGAGGAGCAGUGGGCUGGGACCACAGAGCCCGUGGAGCACGGGGGCCACUUCUACGACACAGAGCUGCACGUCAACCAGAGCCUGUUCACCAUCCUGCCUGCGUCGUGUGACAUGCUGCCAUCCAUGGUGCUGCUGUUCAGGUUGCUGGGUCUGACGGGGGAGCGGAGCCAUGUGGGCACCACACUGGGCUGGGCUGCCUUCCCUGUCUGCCACGCCACCCUCACAACCGUCCAGGGGCGCUUCAAGACCCCCCUCCUCAGGGGGCUCCCGCACCCCCACCUCGACCAGUUCCGCAAGAUAGAAGGCCUUAUGUCAGCCGACCUAGACAACUGGCUGUGUAACCUGUACUUCCAGGUGAGGAAGCUCCCCAGUGGCAGCUCCAGGGGGGAGGAGGAGCACAGUGUCACCCUGCAGAUCCCCCCUCUCCUCGUCCCCCCUCCGCCCCCCCAGGCGGGCCCAAGCGGCUCCAGCCCCAGCUGGGAGAGAGGCGGCGUCAAGCCGUGUCACCGGGGGUCUCCUCUUCACCUGUCUGCCUCACACUCCUCCUCUGCCUGCUCCUCCUCCACUCUGCCAGGGAAGAACUCCACGGUAGUGGUCCCUGAGAAAACAGAGGAGAGGAGGGAUCACUACACAGAGAAAGCAGAGACAUGGACCCACUACAAGAAGAAGCCAAUCAACAAGAUAAAUAGCUCGAGUGCCCGUGUGAGAGGGAGCGCCGCACCAACACCGCCGCCGCCUCUGCAGGGCCAGGCUGACAAACAGGAGACAGCAGCUCCGGCUGCAGCAUCAUUGGAGAAGAGGGAGAAUCUCUGGGCUGAGGAGAUGGAGGAGUAUACGUUCUCCCUACAGCCUGUGCUUUCCUACAGAGGCCCAGGCGGCAGCGGUACCGGCAGUGGUAGGGAUGGUGGGGCUGCUGAGCGUACACAUUUGGCUCUUCGCAUGAUCCCGUCAGAACUGGGCCUGUCACCACGGCGCUGGGGCUGGGGCUGGCACUCCUCCUCGGCAGCAGCACAGCUCUGCCUCAUUAUGCCGCUCCUGGCUUUGAUCUGGUUUGCGAGGCUCUACCUGCAUUACUGCAGCCAGUGGCUCUUCCUCCAGGCCAUCGCAGUUCCUGUCAACAAAUUCCAGUUCCAUGCUCACACCGUGGAGCUGGUCUACCAGAAUUCCUUGCUUCAUACCCGCGAGGAGUUGGCUAUGGUCGUGGUGGGACCUCUGACCUUGAACGCUGUAACGUUGCUGCUGCUCCUGAUCAGAUGGGGCUGUCAGCUAGCGUUUGGCUCACUCCCCUCCUUCACGUCAAACUUUAUCAUGGCUCUGGGAGUGUGGACAGUGCUGGACCCGCUGGCGGUCUUUGUAGUGGAUGCCAUCCUGGGGCGUCUGUCCUACAGUGCAGAGUCUCCCGUGGCGGAUGCCGCCAAGCUCUACUGGCACUUCUACUGGACGGACCAAUCAGGGGCAGCUGGAGUAGUCAUCACCCUCUUCCUCUACACCAUCCUCUUCCUCCUCUCCGCCACCAUCCUCUACCUCUACUUCCUCAGACUCCACAACGAGGGGCGCAUGCUGGACAUCUUCCAACGUCUCAGCGCGGCGGAGGGAUCCUUCUUCGUCCCCCGGGACCUGGAGGUGUCCAAUCAGGAACUAGACUACAUCAUCCAGAAGGCCGAGCAGUGGAGGGGCUUCAAUGGAGAGAGACGCAAGGUGGCAGUGUAUGACUACAUCUGGACAGAGGAGGGCCCCUUGGCGGGCUGUGCCCCCCCCAGGGGUGACCCUCGUGGAGCCGUGCAUGCUGCAGGGGGCGAGAGCAGUACCCACGUGUCUGUCUACACCCUCUACCUGAGCGGGCAGCGCCACCGUUACAGGCACUUCCUACGCCAGCCGGACGGCGCCAUCCUAGAGGUGAUUGGUGACAUGGACGGGGCAGAGCCUCCUCUCAGCACUAGGCCCCGCCCCGGUCAGAGGACACCAGAGGAGAACCAGGAAAACGAAGGCCCAAGCUCCACCCUCCAACUCAGGGAGAGGAAAAGGAGGAAGCCUGUUUGGCGUACUCAUCGCGUCGAGCCAGUAGGAGACAGUGGGCGUGGUUCGAGCUCUGCACUGCAAGGCCUUUGCCACUGAUGUCACUGUGAAGUGAAACAAAGCAGGACAGGACACCCAGGUACUGUCAACUAGCACCUUCACCGACCGCAUCAACUGAAGGGACAGGGACUAUAGACAUACCCCUGGCAAUAAACAACUAGCACCUGAGGCUCAACCGACCAUACCAACCUAUGCGCACCGCACACAGCAGGGCUUGACAUUCAGGUAAAUUUGCCAGUGGCACACCGGGCCAGUUUCAACUGAAAACUACUAGCCCGAAUGAAAAAAAUACUGGCCUGGGUCAAGAUCUGACAGGAAAGGGAAUGAUGCGUACAUAAUUUCAAUAGCAGGUGAUUUUGUGUUCCAUUUACGGGCAAGUAGCAUAUACAGGGUUUGUACAGACAUUGGCAAGUCAAAUUCAAUGACUUUUUCAAGCACUUAAUUGUAAUUUUCAAGGACCUACAUUUUUCAUUUAAUUGUUGAAAAAAAACUCCCCCCAAAAUGUAUGCAAAAAAAAGUAUGCAUUACCACUUUAAGAAUAAUGCUUUUUUUUAUAGGCCUACCCAAUGGCAUUAUGCAUUGACAUUCACAUUAUUUUUACAUUCUAUGUCAGAAUAAUGUGGGAAUUGCCUGACUAAAUAGACAGAAUGCUUCCGACACAAACACACUAAUGGAGUCUGUCCAUGUGGUAGCUAGUCAGUCUCGCCAUUUGAGAUGUUGAGGAAUGAUUGAGGGGAUAUUGUACCAUGUUUUAAAAUGAGAAAGUGACCAAAAACCUGGUUCCCUUUGUAAUGGAACGCUUUGUAUGGAAAACCAAUUUGAAGCCAACAUUCGAUGUUGUCUUGUUCAUAAUAAGUCCUGUGUAGCUCAGUUGGUAGCGCAUGGCGCUUGCAAC